AUGGCCCCCGACAAGAGUGAAAAAGCACGUGGAGGUGAAUUAGUUAUCCCUCUACUUGUAGAAGACCCUUUAAAUCCCCCUCCUAUUGCUACUCGUGCACCUUUCAUUACACUCCCCCCUACCUUUCGCCCCCUCCUCACCAUUAUUGAGACCACCAAAGAUUCCCUGUCCAUGACCUCUGAGGCGGGGUUACCUUGCUUGUCGGACCAAGGCAGCGAUGGUUGUGAUGAUGAUGGCUUGGUGAUAUCUGGGUAUGGCUCAGGGGAAACCUUUGACUCUAACCUGCCCCCUACUGAUGAUGAAGAUUUUUACACCACCUUCUCCUUGGUAACAGAUAAGAGUCUUUCCACUUCAGUCUUCGAAGGUGGCUACAAAGCACAUGCGCCCAAGUGGGAAUCCAAGAACUUUAGACCUAACAAAGUCUCCGAAACUGGUAGGACUACUACUACCACAUCUUUGUCCCCUGAGCUGAUCCGCUCCACAGCUUCCUCCUCGUCUGGGAUGGUGCCCAAAUUGCCAGCUGGCAAAAUGAAUAACCGUGAGCUCAAACCCCAGCCUGAUAUAGUGUUGCUUCCGUUGCCCACUGCCUAUGAGCUAGACAGCACAAAGCUGAAGAGCCCACUAAUUACUUCCCCCAUGUUCCGUAAUGUGCCCACAGCAAACCCCACAGAGCCAGGAAUCAGACGGGUUCCGGGGGCCUCAGAGGUGAUCCGGGAGUCGAGCAGUACAACAGGGAUGGUCGUCGGCAUUGUGGCUGCUGCCGCUCUCUGCAUCUUGAUCCUCCUGUAUGCCAUGUACAAGUACAGGAACAGGGACGAGGGGUCCUAUCAGGUGGAUGAGACGCGGAACUACAUCAGCAACUCUGCCCAGAGCAACGGCAUGCUGGUCAAGGAGAAGCAGCAGAGCUCAAAGAGUGGCCAUAAGAAACAGAAAAACAAGGACAAAGAGUAUUAUGUGUAA